AUGCCACCCAGGAAACGCCAGACCGUCGCAUCAGCAGGCAAACAACCCGCCAGAGCGCGAAGAAGCAAACUCGCGCAGGAGAAUGAAAUCUCCGCGGAAGAUGAAGCGGAGAUCAAGGAUGCAUGGAGAAUGUUUGCGGCGCGUGAUGUCGAGGGGUUUGAAGAUGAGAAGGAGGGUGUAAUGCGCACAGAGGAUGUUAGGCGGGCUAUGAAAGCCCAGGGCAUCCCUCCUCGAAAUGCACAAGAACUAUCUUCUUUCAUCGAAAUACUCGACCCAGACUCUAUCGGCUACGUUACCUACCCGGAUUUUGUGGCUGUCUGCGCAUUGAAGAUUAACGCACGGUCCGACGACUCGAAAGCCGAGGAGGUGAGCACCGCGUACAGACUAUUUACGAAGGGCACAGAGGGGCCAAUCACAAUUGCUCAUCUCCGUAGAGUGGCCAGGGAAUUGAAGGAGGACGUCAGUGAUGAAAUGCUAAGAAACAUGAUUCUGGAGGCUAAUGGCGGAGCGGGGCUUACGAAAGGAGUGGGGGUUGAGGACUUUGAGUCGGUUAUGAUAAGGGCUGGCGUCUUUCAAUGA